AUGAACAAUUAUACCAGAUCAACUUCGCCAUCAAUAACAACUAAUCAACAGCAACAGCAACAGCAACAGCAAGGAAGAAGUAGAGCAGGAACCUUGCCUUCGUCCUUUUCCAUACGCAACCAAUUGACUCCCAAUGGUUUAUCCAAUGGCAACUACAACUACAACUACAACUACAACAAUAAUGCUGUCACCAACUCAUUAACUAGCAGUCCCAUAUACCAUGGCGAAUCCCUGUUUACCUCCCACAACAUUAACCAAGCGCAUGACUUGUUGAAUAUCCCCACUUCAAAAGAUAGUACACUAUCUACAUCGCCACUACAUACUAGCAUCAUGUCAAACCCCCACACCAGCACCAAUACCAAUACCAAUACCAAUACCAAUGCCAAUGGCAAUAACAGCCUCAACUUGAACUUUAAUAUCGAUUCUGCAAACCUAAGUACUACUCCAACUAGAAGAAUGAGAUCAGGAUCAUUAUUCUCAACAAAUUCAAUAUGGAAUGACGAUAAUAACUCAUCCAAUAGCAAUCAUAGUUUACAUUCCGAAUUCAUAAUGAGUCCUUCGUUGGAUGCAUCAUCUUCACCUUCUAAUCACCAGCAACAUCUUCAUCUGCAACCACCACCGCUGUCACAACAGCAGCAACAGCAGCAACAGCUGCUACACCAAUAUUCAUCGUUGCGAAACAGGUCAUACACUACCAAUGCUGCUAUUCCAAGCGUCACCAUUAAUGCAACCGCCGAGUCUUUCAACACUCAUGGCAACCCAAAUUACUACAACGGUGCAUAUUAUAGAAAUAAUGACCAAAACAAAGUAUCCACAUCCCCAUUCAUUCCCAUUGGAGGUAAAACUAACGAUGCCAACUUGUUGGUGGACCAUUUCACGCUAAAUGGAGAUGACAAUGGAUCCACCACUGCGGCACCUAGGAUUAGAUCACAAACCUAUUCUGGAAGCACACCACCAGGAGUAAAUAAACAAGUCUUUAUUGGUGGGAGCACACCAGCCACAACAGGAGAACCUGGAGGUGCAGGAAGAGGAACGGGACUCAGCCCCCAAUUGCAGUUGAAUCCACAAUUGGACUCUUUACAAACACAAUUGCACAAUAACUCGCUUUUAGAGAGUACCGCCAAUGGAGGAGGCGCUGGUCCAAUGUUACCUUCUCAAGACAUUCAUCCAGAAUUACUUGACGAUUAUGACUUUUCGCAGUUGCUCAUCACUACCAAUUUUGAGAACACCAAUUUGGGCCCUACAAGAUUUCUUUUAUUUGAUAAUAUGCCAUUGUACGUUGAUGCAGUGAAGUUGUUUACGAUUUUGGUCAACUCCAACAACCACAAGUCAUUUGGAAGUGUUGUUAGCGUCAAGAUGACAAUCACAACUACAUCGAAGUUGGCUUUGGUUGAAUGCACAAAUAUCCAAACCGCCAUGAAUUUAAAGGCCAAUUUCAACCACUUGGAAAUUGCACCUGGUAGUACCUUGUAUGUUGCGUUUGCCAAAGUGGAAGAGCCAAGGGCUGAUUUGCAUCAUUCCCCGUUGAAAUCGGUUGCUGAGCCCAGUUUGAGUAGUUUUGCUAGCUCCAGCCAAGGUCAAGGACAAGCUCAAAUGAAUACACUUCGUGGGCAAAGCAACUCACCUCAAUCAGUAUUGUCCAAGCAAGGUUCUGUAUCCUCAGCCGAGAUGACUGUUGGUACACAACACACCAAUACCACCUCAACAACAUCCACAACAGCCGCAUCCACAUACGCUGCAACAACUACGCCCAAUACAAGCAACAUUAUUGAAUCAAUCACCAAGUUAUCUUCCACAGUGGAUUUGAAAAAGGUCCAAUCAAUCAUCAGCAAGUGCGUGGCAUAUCCAAAUGACAAUUACCGAAGCGAUUUUGGACCAUUGCCUGAUCCAAUACCGUCUAGACAAUUUGACGCUCCAACUUUGAGAGAAUUGAGGAAAAUAUUGGAAAACAAAGAGGCUGGAUUAUUUGAUCAAUUGAUUGAUUCUGAUUUGAGCCAGGUUGGUGUAGAUGAAUUGGCAUUGGCCAUGCUUGAUGAAUUACCGGAAAUUAGUUACGAUUACCUUGGCAACACCAUAGUUCAGAAAUUGUUUAUCUUGCUCAGUGGCAAUGACAAUGAUGUCAAUGCUGCAUUGGUGAAAUUGAUGAUGGUUAAGGAAAUUGCUCCCUAUUUGACCCAAUUGGGAAUUCACAAGAAUGGGACAUGGGCAAUUCAAAAAAUCAUCAGCUUGUGCCAUUCGGAUUAUCAACAAAUGUAUCUAAUUGGUGCCAGUUUGAAACCGUACGCAGUCAAGUUAUUCAAUGAUCAAUUUGGCAACUAUGUAAUUCAAGGGUGUAUUAAAUUUGGGUCCCCAUUCAAUGACUUUGUAUUUGAGGCGAUGUUUGACAAUUUUCUCGAAAUCAGUUCUAGCCGAUACGGAGCAAGAUGUAUUCGAACCAUAUUGGAAAGUAGCAACAAGAUUCACCUGAGCCAGCACCAUUUAAAUGAGCGGAGGGGUAGUA